GGUUCUGUUCUUGUUGGCCACGUCAUUUCCAGCUUCCAGGUCUCCUCUCGUUUUGACUGUGCGUUUGAGUGUCUGAAGAAUGAGCUGUGCAUCUCAUACAACUACCAAGAGGAAAAUCAAGCACUUCACGGAUGUGAAUUAAACAAUCAAGAUAAGGGAAAUAAACCAGAUAAUUUUACAAACAAGGAGGGAUUUUCUUACUAUGAAAAAAGAGUAAGUAAUCUGAAUUUGAAGAAUUUGUAUGAGAAUUUGUAUGUCUCUUUUAAUGAAUGUCUUUGAUAUGGACAAGGUCAGCUCAUAGUCAAUAUCUCGUGAAUAUUUAUGUCACUAACUGAAUAUAUAUAUAUAUAUAUAUAUAUAUAUUUAUAUUUCAAUAUCUUAUUUUUCAUUUAUUUUUAUUUUUAUUUAUUUAUUUUCUUUUCUUUUUAAAAUUUUUUUAAAAUACUAUCAGAUUUCUUUACAUUUAGAUGACAAUUUUGUACUAUUGUUCUACAAUUAGAAUUUUCUCUAACUACAACUAGAUUUUAUUUUUUUGUACAAAUUUUAAAUCCAUAUAUUUCCCUAUUUCCCUUGACAUAACAUAACAUAACAAAACAUAACAAUAUAACAUAACAUGACAUAACAUAACAACAUAACAUAACAUAACAUAGCAUAACAUAACAUAACAUAACAUAACAUAACAUAACAUAACAUAACAUAACAUAACAUAACAUAACAUAGCAUAACAAUAACAUAACAUAACAUAACAUAACAUAACAUAACAUAACAUAACAUAACAUAACAUAACAUAACAUAACAUAACAUAACAAUUAUUAUGAUUUCAACUGACAUAUUUCUUUUUCCAAUGACGUUAAACGAAUUAAUAUCUUGUUCUACCAUCUUUUGGAACCCCUUACCAACGAAUAAAAUCAUGUAUGAGGAAUUUCGAGGAAUAUUUCAAUCGUCUUUAAGGAAUUUCCUUGGUGUCCUUGAGAGGGACAUCCCCUCAGCGUUCUUUAAGUUAGAUAAACAGGCGUUAAGUGGUUGGACCAUAGUUACUGUAUUUUAAUAAAUUAUAGCAUAAACGAUAGUGAGAGUCCCAUAUGUGAAGAUGUUCCAAAUAAGAAUUAAAACCACUCGUAUGUCGUACAGAAAAAAAAAAAUUAGAAAUCUAGUGAUUCUCUACAAGGAAAAGAAAGCUGCCGAGCAAAAAUGUGUCAGAAAAUCAAUUUAUUGUGGUCUUUUUCCUGAUAAAGCUUAAAACCUCAGUGAAUUUGUUAAAAAAAAAAAAACCAUCAUGCCGUAUUGAAACCAGGAAUACUUAAGGAGUCAUUAAAGAGCAUCGCCCAACACUCUUAUACCAAAACAAAUCUCAGUACAAACUUUUAAAAUCUAAAAAAUUGGAUCAACUAACUCCUCAAUCUUAUUCCUAUUUGUUGCAUUGGACCCAACGAUUUUUUAGGGUUCUGUUGUAUGCCAGUCUUCACCUUGUCUGAAUAAUGGAACAUGCGUGGACUCCUGUUCAAAAGAGGCUGAGUACCGGUGCAUCUGUAUUGACGGCAGAGUCGGAGAAAACUGCCAGAGUUGGAGCGGUAAGUAAGCAAAGGAAGCCAGGGUGGGGAGGGAAAGGAGGGGUGACGGAGUCCUAAAAUACUGACAGGGGAGGGGUGAAUGCCCUGUUUCUUCCAUAACUUAUGGCAAAGAACUUCUCAAUUGAUCACCAACUGAGUAGAGAAAUGUAGGGGAUUAACAGUCUAUGAGAUCAAAUUUCUACAUGCUAGACGUCACAAAGUGGCAUCAAUUAUCGAAUUCAACCGAAACAUAAAUAGUCACGGCAUAUAUGAAGAAUUUUAAAUAGAAUGGAGAUACACAAGAUAUGCAUCAGACAAUAGCUGUAGUAAAUUUUAAAUUAAGAGAAAUGACAGUAACUCGUAAAAUGUACAUGCCACAGCAACUAAAAAGGUUCCAUCGGAAUCUUAAAAAGUUUCCAAAAAAAAUAAUCCCGUUUAUUUAGAGGUUAUUCUACAUAAGUGGGAUAUUCUGUAGUGGAAGGGUAUCACUUUAAAUCAGGAGCAAACAACAAGGAAUUUACGAAUUAUAAAGAACUAAAUUAUCGAACAAUAUUGAACUAAUCCUUGAAAAUAUUUCUAUCGUUAAUUCAAAAGAAAAGGUAAUUUAUUUGCCCAAUCAUUAACUGAAACGUUUCUUUUUCCUGCAUUCUAAGCCAUCAAGACAUGUAUUGGGUUUUCAAGACCUUUUUAAUUACCAUAAGAGUUGAAAGGUUGUAAUUUCCUGUCUUGAUUCUGUCUAAAUGAGAGGGACAUUCGUCUGAAAACAAAGCGGUAUAUAGGAGUACAUAAAGGUCUAGACCAAUCGGUGGAAAAAUCCAGCACACAAUUUUAGAGAUACUCUUUUCUGCACCUUUAUAAUUAAUACCUCAACCAUGCAUAGUGAAUGGUCCAAUUAGGAACAUUUAGCAAUAUAUAUAAUUGUCGUGCAAAUUAUUGACAGUUUUAAAGCUGAAACAGGGUAAUUUAGCAUUAUCGACUGAGUUCAUAUCGUAAUUAACCACUAUAAAGAGUUUCAAAGCUGACGUUUCGAGCGUUAGCCCUUCGCGAAGGGAUAAAUUUCGCAAUGUCGGCUUUGAAACUCUUUGAAACUGUGGCCAAUUUACGUGAUCAACUCAGCUGAUAAAACCAAAUUACCUUGUUAUACUCUCCCAUCGACGCAGCACAACAGUUUCUUUAGGAACUUACCCCCGAUACUGAUGAAGGUUUGAAGAAUCGUUUUCUACAUUUGCUUUAAUAUUUUGUUUGUAAACUAUCCUAGAAACCGCUGAAGAUUACGAAGUUUUCUUCUCCCAAGAAAGCACCACAGAUUACUUUGAAACUGAAAUUGCUGAAAGCUUGCCGCAGUUUUCUCUGAGUUUUUGGAUAAAUGUAAAUGAAUCCUCUGGCUGGAGUACCAUCUUUUCUCACAUAAGUCCAAAUGGAAAGAGCGACUUGAAACUAAGAUGUACAGAGACUAUGGAUAAGUGUAAUUUUGUACUUAUCAAUGAUAACAGCAAGUAGGUUUGUUUCUUAUUUUUGUUAGUUUUUUUUUUUUGGCUUCUAUGAUAAGCAGCAGUCAGCAGGCAGUAUGAAUUAUACAGAAUAAGAAAGAUGGUAAGUUGGUGAGUUCCAGGGCUCAGUUGUAAAACAUCGGGGCGCAGAAUCCGAAGGUCUGCGGUCGAUUCGUCAUGGGGACUCGGAGUUUUUUCUUCGACUCACACCCAUAGCAAGAAGAAAAACAUCUUUCUCUUUUUCUUUACCGAGCAUAAAACUUGCCAUCUUUCUCGUUCUAUUCAUAAAACAUGACACUAUCGAGUUUGCUUAUCUUAGCAGUAUGCAGGACGCGUGUCAUAUAUGAACUUCGUAAUGGGCCUUGCUCACCUGAGACUCUCUUUGGCUCUGGUAGAGCAUCGGAGCACGGAAUCCGAAAGUCUGAGGCUCGAUUCCUCAUGGGGACUCAGAAUUUUUCUUUGUCUUACGCUCGUGACGAGUCGAAAAACAUCUUUCUCUAAGUGUAAAGUCAGGAAAGAGCUGUAGGUAGCUGUGAGUAAUAAGCGUUAAUAAAUGCGUCGUUUGGUGGGAGCAAUUGGCAUGUGGCGGUCAGCAGCUAGCAGUUAGCCAUCUACUGCCAGCCGUUAGUAGUCGCCUUGAAGCAACCAUGAGCAUUCACUAGCCAGUACUCAGCUGUAAACAGGCGGUAAAAGUAGUCAACAAUCAGCAUUCAAUAUUCAGCAGGUAACAGGAGUUAGGUGGCAGCUGGCAGUCGUCAGUCGGCAGUCGUUAAGUGGCAGUCGAUGGACGAUAGUCGACAGUCAGCAAACAGCAGGGAGCAGUCAGCUGUGAACAGUCGGCAGUCAGCAUUUAGUACCCAACGGUCUGCCGUCUGCUGUCUGCAGAUGGUACAUACCAGCACUUUUGAUUAAAUUAUUUCCAAUUGUGAUUUAAUGGUAACAAAAUCCGAAUAACAUCUUUCUAUUUCGAGGAGUUUCUUCAUGCUUCCCAUCAAUGACGGACUAUGGCACCAUAUUUGUGUGAGCUGGGAGAACAUUGACGGUCGCUGGGAUUUUCUCGUCGAUGGAGUUCUCAUCUCUUACGAAGGCGCUUGGGGCAAGUCCCAAACCAUAAGCCCUGGGAAACUAGUUGUCGGUCAGCAUCAGAAGGAGUAUGGCGGGGGAUAUCUUAUAGAGGAAUCAUUUAUUGGAAAAAUAGCGUCCUUUAACAUGUGGGACAGAAAAAUGAACAACAAUGAUUUGGAGAAAAAGUCGACGUCAUGCAAUCAAGAAUUAGGGAAUGUAAUAGACUGGAGAAUGUUUCGGCAUGGUAUUCAUGGGAGUGCUACAAUCAUCUCACUUCAAAGCAGUUUUUGUAAUGGUUAGUCGUUGUUCUAUUUUAAUUCUAUGUUGUGUUAACGUGUUUCUCAGCUUUCUGAUCUUUUAGUCUUAAUUCUACCUUGUUCACGUCGUAUGCAGCGUUACUGGUAAAUCCGUGGAGUGUUGUAACCCAGAGAUAUUCCUAUUUUUUUUUCUUAGCACCAGAUAAAGGUUGUAGCAAUGAUUUGACAGUCAUAUUGAUUUUAGAAAACUUGUUGAAUGAACUAGCUUUUUGAUUUUAUUUCAGUUAAUGAAAGUCAAUUCGUCUUGGAUUUCCCUGAACGAAAAAUUAGCAACUUCAUAGACGCCGGCACGUUGCCGUUUUUGACAAAGUUUACUGUUUCCUUUUGGAUGAAGCGAAGCUAUGACGGUGGUGUGGCUCAAGCAAUUUUUUCGUACUCGACGGCAGACAUUUUACAAGCACUCUUCCUUUAUCGAGGUCACGCACAAGGAGCACUGAACUUACGUAUUAUGACUCUAAAUAGGUAUGUAGUUAAUACGUUAAGAGUUUCUGUUUUUUAAGAAACUAGUUAGUUUAGUGUUACUUCGGUUGUCAAGGUGAUCAUUCAUCCAUGUGCUUGUCUGUUUGUCUAUCUUGUUGUCUCUCUGUUCGUCUUUCUGUUCGCCGGUCUGUCCGCCCUUUCGGUUUGCCUUCCCUGCCUUUCGUUCGUCUGUUCGUCUCUCUUUCGGUCUCCCUAUCUGUCUAUUUGUCUGUCUAUCGAUCUUUCGAAAUGUGUGUAUGUAUGUUAGGCUGCCUGCAUAUCAAUGUCCCAACAAAAGCGUAGGUCCAUUUUCUUCUUGUAAAACACAUGCAACCUACAAUUCCUGUAUUCGUUCUGACGAUGAGCUUAUGUUCGGCAUGUCAAUUUAUGAAAACUUUACGGUUGCCAAUUUACAUUAUCAAAUCAGCUGAUGAAACCAAAUCAUCUUAUAAAACCCCCCCCCCCCCCCCUCUUAUCACCUUUUAAUCAGUCAGUCUGUCUGUCUUGUCCCAACUAUCUCUUUGUUUGUCAACCCAGAACGAACGAACGUGAUUUGAACUCAAAUGUAAUUUUUUCUUUUUAGUGAAUCCCCUUACGGCCACAAGAUACCAUUAACAGUCGAUGAUCUUUGGCAUCACGUAAGUAUCACAUGGACAAACGAGGACGGUAAACUGCAGUUUUUCCAGGAUGGUAUCUUGACAAGCGCCCUACCGCAACACAAAGUCGGCGUUGGCAUCCCUGGCGGGGGAAGUAUACGCAUCGGGCAGCGCCUGAAAUCGAUAGACGGAGACUAUGAACCUGAAUACAGCUUCCGUGGGAAGCUGGCAAAAUUUAACUUGUGGAGUAGAGUGCUCAAUGAGAAUGUGAUAGUUGCAUUAUUUAGAAGUCCAGGUGCAGAGAUUGGGGACCUAAUCUCUUGGAGAAACAUACGAAAUGCACCGAUUCAUGGCAACAUAUCAGUUGAAAACGUGUCCACCAUUCCGUUCACAGGUAAGAUCGUCCUAAUUGAACGAGAACGUCAAUAUUUGUAAAUUGUUAAUCUAGUUUUACAGAGACUUUGGGGGAAACAGUUAGUUAGAGUCCUCUUUGAGGCCUGCCCUCUGUUGGGUAACAAAUGGAAUAUUAAAUUCUAGAGAGUAAACUUUUAUAACAUGUCUGCGAUUUAAGAGCUCCUCAGUGCUUUAGACAUCUCCUUUUAUGCUCAUUGACGGCGUGCAAAUGAUGACAGAAUUUAUGCUUUCCAGUUUAGGUCGUAGCUAUGGACUAAGGUAAGGUCUCGCGGCAAAUUGCCUAUAUCUAUGUGCUUGCUUGUCUGUCUGUCUUUCUUUCUCUCUGACGAUCUGUUUGUUUGUAUGGCUGUCUUUCUGUCUGUCUGUCUAUCUUUCUGUUUGUCCGUCUGUCUGUCUAUCUGUCUAUCUGUCUGUCUAUCUUUAUGUCUGUCCGUCUGUCUGUCUAUCUGUCUAUCUUUCUGUCUGUCUAUCUGUCUAUCAACUGACUUCCUUACUAAUUUCUGUUGGUUUUAAAUUUCUUUUAGUUUUAGAAAAAGGGAGUGAUUUUGAUUUAGUAUUUCAAUCCAAGUCCACUGCUAACUAUGCGGAGUACGCUUCCACGCUGUCGUUAACUGAAUUGACUACCUGUGCCUGGGGAAAGCUGUCAAGUUCUACUACGGGGUACAAUUAUUUCUUCAGCUUUGCUACCAGGUCCAGAAAUGAAGGCAUUGUCUUGGGCUAUCACGUUGGAGAUAAGAGAAUCGUUACUAACAUCUUGUCAACUGGUUGGAAGUAAGUGACGGUGGGUCCACUAUUGAAAAACUGCAUCAGCAAUAUAUCAAUGUAGUUAUAACGCCCUUUGUCCCAAUCCUCUUUUUUAACCUAAGUCUCUUUUCCAUCAAUUAGCAUUCUUGAUCGAGGCAAUGGGGUAGAAGAAAGUUUAUUUUGGAAAUCAAUCAAUUUAGUCGCAUGAAGUGAACUGAAGUAUUGCUACUAUCCCAUGAAUGCGAAGCUAAUCCGCCUCAGGGUAGCCCAAACCCACUCCACCCCUCCCCUCCCCUCCCCUCCACCAGCAACUCGUCAGGUAUCCCAGACAGUUUUCUGUUUCCCAUUAGGUAGAAGCACUGCUUAGGGAAAGUAACUCUAAGUCUGCUGACUGGAGAGACUUCUGGUGACAACGCAAUCAAACAUUUGUUCAAUUUUUUUUAAUGAAUCUGAUGAGGAAACAAAAAUAGUCGUCAUAGGAAGCAUCAUCUAAUCAGACUCAUGAACCUGUCAUAACUUAUCUCCUGGGAGGGGGGGGGGGCUGGAGAAUUUUGACUAUGUCACGAUAUAAUUUUUUACUUGAUUUCUCUCACCCCCCUUGUAACUCUCUGUAACAUUGCAUGAUUUCCCCCUUCCCCCUCAUUGGCUAUUAAUCGAUGACUGAUUUUCCGCGCCCCCCCCCCCUCCGUUCCCCCUGAAUAUCAUUUGUCAUGUGAUCCCAUCCCACAAUCCUCUGCCUCUGGUGAUAGAUAAUGAGCAUUCCUAUAAUAAGAAAUGACAGAAAUAAAUUCCUUUUCUUAUCCUCUUCAUUUAGAUCUGCUACAUUAAGAAGUCCGUUGCAUGACAAUGUCUGGCACCAUGUUUGCAUGACAUGGACAAAUUUGGAUGGAACGAGAUGUGUUUUUUCUGACGGAAUCAAGAUCAAGUGCUUUACUGGCUAUGCCACCGGUGAAACUGUUGAAGGAAAUGGGAACUUCAUUCUCGGCCAAGAGCAGGACUCUUUCGGUACUCCAGCUUUUCUCUCGUAAUCAUUUUACUAUGACCCCGGUAUUGCACUCAUAGGCAUGGUAUCGAGUUAUUGUGUCGUGGGUGAUAGACUAAAGCAAUCAGAAUUAAAAAAUCCUUUUUUUUUUUUCUUCUUUCUUCUUAAAGGAGGAUCCUUUCAAGAAUAUCAGUCUUUUGAAGGAAGGAUUAGCGGAGUAAAUGUUUGGAGCUUUGUGAUGACUGACGUCAAGAUAGCAGAGAUGUCCACAGGGUGUGGAUCAUCCGGGAAUGGAAAUGCAGUUGCUUGGUAUAAUUUCAAGAGCAACCUUUAUGGAAAUAUAGAUGUCGUUACUCCUUCAACUUGUUCAUUGUCAGGUAGGAAUGAGUCUGAGUCUCGGCUCCAAGUGCCUCUUUAUGUUAGCCUGGUCGGUUUGCAAUCUAGGUUGACUCACCAUGAAAGGAACCCUUUUAAAGUAAAAAGUUUGUAAGCGUUUAUGAGAAGGAAGUUUAUUCAAGUCGGGGUCAGCCUCUUUUGCCGAGUAAGACUCGUCAAGAUCCGAUUUGAUCCGACUGGAAAGGUUGAAAUUUCCUCAAUCGUUUCAUAUUAACACUGAUUGAUACAAAUAAUCACGUUUGUUCUGUUUCUUUUUUUUUUUCUUUCCUUUCUUUCUUUUCUUUUCUUAAACAGUGAUUUAAACUGAUGAUUUUUCAUUAUUUAUAACUGUGUUUGCUAAUGAUUCUUGUCUCUUUUUUCCAGCCAAAGAGAGUGAUUUUGAUUUGAAAUUCAAUUCCAAAUCGACUGCAAACUAUGCUGAGUACACUUCAAUGCCGUCACUUACGGCAUUGACUGCCUGUGUUUGGGGAAUGUUUUCGAGUUCUGCCGAAAACAUCCACUAUUUUUUCAGCUAUUCAGCCAGCUCUGCAAACAAUGAAGCCCUCGCACUGGGCUAUGUAACUUCAGAAGCGAAGCUAUGGACCAUAAUCGCCACAGGCGGUUGGAAGUAAGUAACAAAUGAUAAACGUCACACAGGAGUCUUGAUCAUACUUAACAUCCAAAACAGUUAGUGAAAGGACGCAUACGGUAACGGUAAAAGGGAACAAAAAUUGAUUCUGAUUGUGGUCACUCUUCCAAUGCCCCUUAUUAAACACGUUCAAUGUUUUGAUGUUGUUAAUUUUUUUUUUUUUUUUUAAUAGCUAAGGUGAUAUUUGCUUGUCGAGAGUAAGGUAGUUUCAUGAAAAGGAAUAAGCGAGUAAUUCCGUAGUCUACAAUUACAGUUGAUUGGCUUGAGUUCUCAAACACUCAACUUAGUGGGUUAACCAGAUACUUAAGCUCAAAUGUUAUCAUUGUGUCUGCGGUUCAAAUCCACGAGUCACCGAUCACAAGUCACGGCUGAAAUGUUCAAAAAUUUCUCGCUGGCUAAAAGCAGAAGGCCCUGUGUUUUGUUUCUGCUGUUGUAUUACAGCCUUAAAUCUAUUAAAGUCUUAAAUCUCUCAUAGCUUGUUUUCCUAAGCUUGAGGACGCGUUCCUUAGUUUAACCCCUGAUAUCACUGUCAUUCAAAUUUAUCCAAGCCUGAAUGUCUUCCAUACUUAUCCUCAGAUUGCUUGUAGUCACCCUGACGAAAUGAGCCGACAACCUGUUUGUAUUGAUAGUUAUUAGUUACGGAUCAUAUUUUUCAUGGGUAACAAUGCGAAAGAGUGGGCACCAAAACUUCCAUGGGAAUAAAAUUCAGUAGGGUGAAGAGUUUUGUCGGUGUAUUUUGAGUAAAGUCCUUUGUACACUGCAUGCAUCUUAAUAAAUGGAUUGGAAACGCUCGAAGGUUAUUAAAGAGAGAUAAACCGGAAAUCUGGAGGAAUAUACUGUACAUGAAGCAAAAUAGUUAACUGAUUUCCCGACACAACCUACUCAUCUUUCGAGUGUCGAAUUUUUUUAUAAGUAUUAAAGAAACUGGUAGACUCUUCAGGAGUAGCUAAGCUUGAAAUGGUUGUCACCAGUUCGAAAUAUGAUAAGUUAUAUGAAGAUUGAUGGUACAUUUGAGCGUUAAUAAUUCUGUUCCCCGUGUUCCUUGUUUAGAGAAACAUUUUUAAGUAAUCCUUUGCACGACAAUGGCUGGCAUCAUGUUUGCAUGACCUGGAAAAACUCAAAUGGAAAGUUUUGUGUGUAUCACAAUGGCGUUUCUGUCAGGUGCAACGAUAAUUACGCAACCGGACUGAUUGUCGACGGGAAUGGGAAGUUCAUUCUUGGCCAAGAGCAAGAUUCUCAUGGUAUUUCAGCUUUUCUUUCUUAUGAUUGUGUCAAUAAAAUCUAACUUGCCGUACAUGUGUUCAGUAAUAGAUCACAGAUGACGUUAAAAUGUGGCUAUUGCAAGAGCAAAAAAGUGUAUCACUGAUGAAUGAAUGAACAGAAGUUUUUGCUGGUAACUUCAUAUUUGCGUUUCUCCUCUAUGAACCAAUCAAAAUGUAAGUUUAAUUCAACUCACGACAUUUUAUGUUUUGGUCACUCUCAAGGCGGUUCCUUUCAAACUGCUCAGUCUUUUGAAGGGACGAUGAGUAGGGUGAAUGUAUGGAGCUUUGCGCAAUCUGGUGAACAGAUAAAAGAGAUGUACAGAGGGUGUGGAGCAUGGAAUGGAGAUGCAGUUGCUUGGUAUAACUUUAGGAAGAACUUUUAUGGAAAUAUGGAAGUUGUCACGCCCUCGUCAUGUUCAUUGGCAGGUGGGAAUGAGAUCUGCGUGAUAGUUCUACAAAGCGAUUACUUUUUUCAUUUUUUUUUAAAUAAUAUUUUAACUGUAAACCAACAGAGACCAAGGUUAUACGGUUCACUUUGGACUAUGAUAGCAAAAAUUAGGGGGAAGGCAUCAAUUAUACGACAUCUAGAGGGCAGUAGAUUGGUAUCAAAAUAUGGUGGUAAGAAUUCAAUUUAAAAACAAGUAAAGAGCUUGAAGUGUGCGAAUUCGUAAGUUAUCAAGUCACUAACGGCUGUAGAAUUGCAGCUAAUUGGUUGAGAAGGUCGCCUGAGUUUCCAAUCAAAAGACGAAGUGAAUUAACCCAAUGUGAUCUCAGAUUUCUCUCGACGUACUCUUAAGGGUACGCAAAAUCUUUAAAAUGAAGUGGUAUUUCUUUUUUUAGACGCUGUAAUACAGGCAAAAAGGGAUCAAUUCUGUAACGAAAGAUAUCCCAGUAACCCGGAAAGUGCAUGUGGUACGACCCUAAUGGCCUUAUUUGACAGAAAAUUUAAUCAAGUUGGAAAACUGUGGCGCUGUUUUUAUGACGUGGCGCUCACGAAAGACCCAGAUUCAAAGAUGUACGUUUAUGAUACAGAGAAAAGUUCGGCCUGCUUGCACUCUGUGACUGCAGACCUGUUGGCCAUAACUGUGUAG